GACUCUUCCGUAGAUCGAGCAAGGCCAACUUGCUAGGAUGUAGACUAGCAGAACCCGUUUUCUGGUUUUAAUUGAUAUAUACAUUCGUUUCAAUGGGGAAAAGGAAAGACAUGAUCCACUCAAGGAUUAUUUUAGGUGAUGGGGGCCAUGUGGGCUUACAAAGCCUGCGUAGGAGGAAACACAAAAAACACAAGAAGAAGCAUCACCGUGACAACGGACACAGCUCCUACUCCGAGGCCCUAGAGUCAGACUCCAGGAUUGUGUUCAAGCCCCCCACACAGCUCAGACUCAAGAUCAAACUGGGAGGCCAAACACUUGGGACAAAAAGUGUGCCAACGUUCACUGUGGUCCCUGGUGUAGCCCAUUCCCAGUGUCCUCUGAUGAUCGUGGACGACGAUGAUGACUCUGAUGAUGAUAAACCUUCUGAGGGUGUUCCACUUGAGCAAUAUCGGGCCUGGCUUGGUGAGUGCAAAGAUGAGGACAGUAACCUGGACCCGUCUCCUCUGCCAGACAUGGACUCAGACUCUCUGGGUAAGCCGGUGGACGAGGAGGAGAAGUGGCUGGACGCCCUGGAGAAAGGAGAGCUGGACGACAAUGGAGAGUUGAAGAAGGAGAUCGAUGAGUCCCUGCUCACAGCCAGACAGAAAGCCCUCCUGCACAAGCAGCAGAACCAGCCUCUCCUGGAGCUGCCCAUGGGCUACAAGGAGAAGGAGAUGACCACCGAGAUGAUGCAGAAGAGAGAGGAGAGUGCCCGCAAGAGGCGCCUGCAGGCGGCCAAGAAGGCAGAGGAGGACAAGAACCAGACCAUCGAGAGGCUCACCAAGACCUCCACGGCCAAGAUCAAGAGUAUGAGGGAGCGUAAGUCCAAGCAGGCCCAGUGUCCCAUGGUCCGCUACUGUGACUCAGCCCAGGGAAUGGGGAUUUCGUUCCCAACAGGGGUGCUUGCCCCGACCCCUGCUUCCCUGUGCCCCCCUCCCCUGGCACCGGUAGGCUGUGGGAUAAACGGGUGCAGUAAUCUGAAGAGGUACUCGUGCUCCAAGACUGGGAUCCCUCUCUGUAGUCUGGACUGCUACAAGAAGAAUCUGGUCCUUGUUGUGGAGAGUGCUGCUUAAAUUUGACCAUUUUCAAAUGUUUUGGCUUGCUGGCAGUUUAGACUCUUGGGCUAAAUGGACAAUGUGUAAUUUUUUUGUAUUUUGAGAGAUUAUGAAAAGGCAUUUUUCAGUUUUUCUUCUCUUUGUGUGUUGUCAUAAGUGGUCAUUUUAGAAUGAUGUAUACUAUCAAAAGCGUUCAAACCAAUGCAUCAGUCAGUCAAUUUAGUCCUGAUACUAGGAUGACAUAAUGUAGGCUACAGCCACACCAGGCCCUAUCAGACAGCAAGUAUUUAUUUCUAGAUCCUUAGUUUGUGGAUGUCCACAUAAUGUAGAUUGAAUAAGAAUUUAAGAAGGCAAGCUUAUUUUUGUAACAGGACUGAAAUAACAGAGCGCUGUUUACCUGAUGAUCAUGAAGGACUUUCAUUUGUAUAAAUAUAUGAAUGAUUUCUUAUUAAUUUUGGCAAGCAGAAGCCGUAACGCAUAACAGCAGUAACAUGUUUGAUAAAUUGAGAAAAUGACCCAGAGGAAACCAAAAUGUUUUUCUUUUAAUUGUCACAAAUGUGCAUUUGUAUCACAAAUUAUUACAUUUCCAUACAAAAUACUGUACAUCUUAAAUAAAAUAUCAUAACACUUA